UGUGUUUAUGGGUUAUGUGUAGAUGCGUUUGUUUUUUAUAAGACAUUUCUAGAAAAGUACUGCGAUUUUAAUAGUUUUUAUUGUAAUUUAUUAAUUAAUAUUGAUAUAUAAAAUGGCUACAUCAACAACAGCUAUAAUACGAAUAAAACGACGUAUUGAAGAGAAUCCUUUAGAUACCUUAAUACUAAAUUGUAAACGUUUUAAAUACGAUGAAAAUAUUGUACAAGAUACAAGCACCAAUGCAGACGAUGAUACUAAUUCUUCUAAAACUGAUUCUACAUUAUUUAAGUUUGUUGGUACAUUAGAUAAGGCAGUAAAUCCACUGAAAUAUUUGAAAGAGAAUAGAAAAAUCAACAUAAAACAGCAAGAAAAUGAAGAAGAAAAAUUAAAUAAGAUCAUUGAUAAAAUUAAAACUGAACAAAAAGAUUUAUCAAAACAGAAUCGUUUAAAAAUAAUAAAUUGUCAUCGUGCAUUAAAUAAUUUCGAUGAUAAUGAUGAUGAGUUUAUAAAAAAACUUGAAGAAAGUGUCUCACCAUUAUCAACGGUGAUUGUAGACGUCGAAUCUGAAUUAGCAACAUCAAAACCAGAAAAAGAACAGAAUAAUAAUGAAUUUGUUUAUGAUAUUUAUUAUUCCACAAAUAAUAAGCAAUUUAACCAUAAUAAUUUUUCAUUUGAUUUAUUACAUAGUAUUGAGCCAUUGGAUGAUAUAAUAUUCAAUGAUGAUAAAUAUCGUAACAAUGAAGAUGAUGAUGAUGAAUUAUUAAUGUCUGAUGACAGUGAUUCAAACGAUGAAAAUAAUUGGCGUAAUGAUUAUCCGGAUGAUGAAGAAUUUGAUAACAUGAUUGAUAAUGGUGUUGAUCAAAAUGAUAAUGAUGAUGACGUUGAAUUUUUAAAUAAUAUAAUGAAAAGUAAAUUUAAAAUUAGUAAUGAUCGUAAUCAAGAUACUUGUGAAUUAUCAUCAACUGAUGAUGAUGAAUAUUAUGAUAGUGAUACUGCAUUAAAGUAUGGUAAACGUUAUGCACAGUUUAAAGCUAGAGAAAAAGAAAAUGACUUUGAUGUAUCUGAUAACACUGAUGAUGACGAUGAUAUUUAUGGUAGUGAUCGUGAUCAGUAUUAUAAUGAUGAAGAUGAUGAUAAUGAUGAAUAA